AUGGCAGACUUACCGGAUUUCAAUCCACUUCUCCCAACCAGACCCAUACCAGCUCAGGCAAUUGCUGGCCUUGUACUAUCGGAUUGCUCGCCUCGUGUGCUGAUCUGGCUCAGUCAGCUGAUGAUCUUCCAAUUAGUGCAUCUUGGCAACCAUAAUCCGAGCCAUAUGGUCAAUCUCUGCAGGUUUCCGACAUUCCAUCUGGAGCUGAUGUGA